UCAUAAAUUUUUUAAACGAAUUUUGAAAAUUAAAAACACUGUUUAAAAUGAGGGGUCCAAGUAUUUAUAAUGUUUUCGAUCAAUUUUUGGAUUUUCUCAUGGGCAUUGUCAGCUGGUUUUGGGACACAAUUGAAUUACUUGUGGACAUAUUUCUCGAAUUUCUCACAAGAACACUGGAACUGAUAAUUGUCCUGAUGAAUCUCCUAUUUCAGGUGAUUUGUUUUCUACGCGAUUUAUGCAUCGAAGCGAUGCAAACAUUUGCCAAUGUCUUUCAAGGAAUUGUUAAUGUCAUUGGAAGUAUUACAUGCGACGAUGUUGAGGAUUUUGCCUCCGCUUGCAUCGUCGUUUUAUUAUGGUUGGGAGCUAUUAAAGUUGUUAUCAGCAUUCUAAAUCAGAAUUCUGGCUUUUCCUUGUUCAAUCCACUUGCUAAAUCGGACUCACUGGGGUGCUCUGCAGGUAGUAUUAAAUUAGAGGAAUGCUGUGCUCCAAGACGAGCAACGAAACGAAGAGGUUUAAAUCGAAGACGAGGUCGACGACGCUUCAAUUCACCUUCUUGAUUAUUAGGUAAAAUAUCCGAAAAAUUGUUAUUUUCCUAAAUAAAAAACUAAACAGAACUUUUAAAUUAAAUAAACACUUUAA